UUCACUUAAUGAUCAAAUAACAUUCUGAGAACAUUCAAUCCCACACUAAAUUCUAAUAUAGAAUAUUCCCUCAACGAUGAAAUCAAAACUAGAGAACGUUAGAAAGUAAAUUCUAAAUAUGUGUUAAAUUCUAAAACAGAACGUUUCCUCGAUCAAAAGAAUGUUCGGCGAGCCAUCAAACGCAACAGUCUCAUGGUAAAUUCUAAAAUAGAACGAAUUGCAUAAACGAUCAAAGAACAAUCAGAGAACAUCUGUCAGCUCGGUCACUGGAACAUUAAGGUAUGUGGCUGUUUCUCAAUGGUAUAUGAACGAGACAAAAAUGCUUCCGUUACAAAAUAAUCUUGGUUUGACUCUGAAAUCAGUGUCUUCUUGAAUGAUGCUCUCUGAAGUGACGCGGUAAAUCAAGCGGAAAUAACGACCUCUUCUCUCCGCUGCAAGUCAUCCUGAAGGAGACCACAGAGAGCAGCUUCAGGUUGUCUUGAGUGUGUCUCAUUCCUGUGAAAGGACAUUCCCUCUUUAGUGUCCUGAGGGCUGGAGGAUCUCAGUCUGCUCCUGUCAUCUGCCUGCAAAUCCAAGCAUCCAGUAACUAUCGGGCUCUUCGCACGCGCGCCAGCAUGAGCUCACAGUAGAGUGUUUGCAACUUUUAUACGUGUUUACUUCACUCCUUCAGUACAGACGAUGAAGAACGUGGAUUUAUUACUUUCCUUAAUCAUUCUAGUUGAUGGAAUUAAUGCAGUAUCGCGUCUCGGGAAGGACCUGAAGCCGCACAUGCCGAAUGUGUGUGCAGAGAAGGAGGUGAAGCUGGUGGCUCAGAUGCAGCCGUGUGUUCAAGCCUUCACACGAAUGGUUAAAGCAUGGAAACAAGGUUGUCAGGGUCAGUCCUGGUGUGUGGGAUACGAGAGGAGAACAGCUUAUUAUACUGCAUACAGACAGGUGUAUCGACAGGAACAGCAGACGGUUUACAAGUGUUGUCCAGGAUGGUCACAGCUCAACGGAGAGGCCGGAUGCCUGUACCCGGUCUGCAGGUCUGGUGUGUGUUUUAAUGGCGGUCAGUGUAAAGAAGGUUCCGCUCAGCUCUGUGUGUGUCCAGCAGGAUUCAGCGGCCCCAGCUGCCAAUAUGAUGUGAACGAGUGUGAAGAGACCAAUGGAGGCUGUGAGGCUUUAUGCUGUAACACCAUCGGCAGCUUCUACUGCAAGUGUCCCGCAGGUCAAGAGCUCAAGGAGGAUGGCAAGACCUGCCAAGAUAUUGACGAGUGCCAGGUUCAUAACGGCGGCUGCCAGCACACAUGUGUGAACACUAGGGGUUCGUAUCACUGCCAGUGUAACGCCGGCUCUCGACUGCAUGUGGACGGACGCACCUGCAUCGCUGUUCAGUCCUGCGGCGUUGGGAAUGGCGGCUGUGAGCAUUUCUGUGUCCAGCAGACGGCGGGUCAUGUCCAGUGUCGCUGCAGACCUGAUUACAGACUGGACGCGGAUGGAAAACACUGCACAUUGGUGAACCCGUGUGCGGAGCAGAAUGGCGGAUGUUCUCAGAUGUGUCAUAGGGAUGGAGCUCAGGCCCGCUGUGAAUGUCAUCCAGGUUAUCAGCUCGCUGAAGACGGCAAGACAUGUGAAGACAUUGAUGAGUGUGCGUUGGGUCAGACGGACUGUGCUCAUGGCUGUCGUAACACCAGAGGAUCCUUCAUGUGUGUGUGUUCUGCUGCCUAUGAGCUCGGGGUGGACGGUAAACAGUGCUAUCGUAUUGAGAUGGAGAUCGUGAACAGCUGUGAUCAUGAUAAUGGUGGUUGUUCUCAUCACUGUGAACAUUCGACCGCUGGUCCGCUGUGCAGCUGUAAUGAAGGAUAUCAGCUGGACCACGACCACAAGACCUGCGUCGAUAUAAACGAGUGUGUCGACGGCAGCUCGUGUUGUGAACAUGACUGUACGAACUAUCCUGGAGGAUACGAGUGUUACUGUACAGCCGGAUAUCGACUGAACACUGACGGAUGCAGCUGUGAUGAUAUAGAUGAGUGUUUGGCUGUUAAUGGAGGAUGUGAUCAUGCUUGUCUGAACAGCGCCGGCUCUUUCCAGUGUUCCUGUAGACGUGGAUAUCGACUCGAUGAGGACAGAAGAUCCUGCAUACUGAUGGAGGAGUCAGUGGAGGCGUUGAGCAGCGGUCAGACAGUCAAUAAACCUGGACCAGGACCUCAGCUCACCAUCCUGCAGGACUUCGAUCAGAUCCUGGAGAAAUACGAGGACUACGAGGACGACACUGGAGAACUGCGUGCCGAGAGCACUUUAGCUGAGAAAUUCAUUUGUUUGAACGAUUCGUUCGGCGUUGACUGCAGUCUGUCCUGUGAGGACUGUGUGAACGGAGGAGUGUGUAACAAACACAGAAAUGCCUGUGACUGUCCUGACGGAUGGACUGGAGUCGUCUGUAAUGAGACAUGCCCUGAGGGUUGGUUUGGCAGGAAUUGCUCACUGUUGUGUAAGUGUAAGAACGGUGGUGUGUGUGAUCCGGUGUCCGGGAGCUGUCGCUGUCCACCAGGGGUCAGUGGAGAGCUGUGUCAGGACGGCUGUCCGAAGGGUCUCUAUGGGAAGUUUUGCAAUAAAAGGUGUAACUGCGCUAAUAACGGACGUUGUCAUCGCACUUAUGGAGCGUGUUUGUGUGACCCGGGACUGUAUGGACGAUUCUGCCACCUUCCGUGUCCGAAGUGGAUGUUUGGUCCCGGUUGUUCAGAAGAGUGUCAGUGUGUCCAGCAGAACACUAUAGAGUGUCACCGUCAUCAUGGAGACUGCAUCUGCAAACCUGGAUACAGAGGCCACACCUGCAAAGACGAGUGUGAAUCAGGGUUUUUUGGCUCUGCUUGUGAGAAUAAAUGCUCUUGUCCGCCUGGAGUGACCUGUGAUCAUGUGACUGGAGCUUGUCAACCCAAAUGUCCAGCUGGAAAAACAGGCGACAAAUGUGACCAAGAUUGUGUGGAAGGGAGAUUUGGGAUUGGAUGCUCUCAGUCUUGUGACUGCUCUGGCGCACCAUGUGACAAAGUGACUGGUCAAUGCACGUGUCCUGCUGGAACGUUUGGAAAGCGCUGUGAAAAAGAGUGUCCUGAGGGCCGCUGGGGUCUGGGCUGUCAGGAAUGGUGUCCGGUGUGCGAGAACGGAGGCCGCUGUGACCGGCGUAACGGCACAUGUGUGUGUUCUCCUGGAUUCAUCGGCAGAUUGUGUCAGAACUCAUGUCCUGCGGGUCGCUUCGGUGUGGGCUGUCAGCUCAGAUGUGUGUGUGAUCUCGGAGUUCGCUGUAAUCCUGUAAGCGGACGCUGCUCGUGUCCUCCAGGCUGGACGGGACACAACUGCAGGAAGGUGUGUGACGCGGGCCGCUGGGGUCUGGACUGUGAGAGUGUAUGUGACUGUCGUAAUGCUGACGGUGUGUGUGAUGCUCAGACUGGACGCUGUCAUUGUGAGGCCGGAUUUACUGGAGCACGAUGUGACCAGAAAUGCCCGGCUGGCUCGUUUGGGCCCGGCUGUAAGCAUCGCUGCCAGUGUGAAAAUCAGGCAUCAUGUGACCACGUGGGCGGAGCUUGUACCUGUAAGACCGGCUGGACCGGAACCUUCUGUGAAAAACCCUGUCCGCAGGGUUUCUAUGGUCUGGACUGUCAGCAGAAGUGUGUGUGUUUGAACGGCGGUCUCUGUGAUCAUGUGAGCGGUCAGUGUUUCUGUAAGGCCGGAUGGAUCGGGACGCGCUGUAACCAGACGUGUCCUGCGGGAUGGUUUGGCGUGAGCUGUUCUCAGACCUGUGUUUGUCACAAUAACAGCAGCUGUGAUGCAGUGAGCGGUCAGUGUGAAUGCGGUGCAGGCUGGACAGGAGACACAUGCUCACAGCGCUGUCCUGCAGGUGUGUUCGGGGACGGUUGUGUUCACAGGUGUUUGUGUCAGAACGGGGCCUCGUGUGACCCUGAGAGUGGACACUGCUUCUGUCCUAGCGGCUGGACGGGGGCCGCCUGUCAGCUUGAAUGUCCAGCGGGGAGGUUCGGCUCAGACUGUCAGGACAGAUGUGAAUGUGUGAAUGGAGCUCAGUGUGAUGGUCAGACGGGUCGCUGUGUUUGUCCGCCGGGCUGGACAGGAGAGCGCUGUGAGAAUGAGUGUGAACGGGGCUGGUUUGGCGUGGGUUGUGAGGACCGCUGUCAGUGUGAUCACGGUGCUGUCUGCCAUCACGUGAGCGGUCAGUGUCUCUGCCCUGCUGGAUGGAGAGGAAGACGCUGUGAGAAAGCAUGUCUGCCGGGCUCAUUUGGUCAGGAUUGUGUCCAGCGCUGCUCUUGUCCGUCCGGCUCCUCGUGUCAUCAUGUGACCGGUCACUGUGGUUGUGCUCCAGGAUUCACCGGCGACGGCUGUGAACACAGUUGUCUGCCUGGCACGUUCGGCCAGGACUGUAAUCAGGUGUGUCAGUGUUCAGAAAGAAACCAGCUCUGCCACCCGGUGACUGGAGUGUGUUACUGCGCGCCCGGAUUCACUGGACUCAAGUGUGAACAGACGUGUCCGCAGGGUUUGUACGGCUCAGGCUGUGAGCAUCAGUGUGAGUGUCUGAAUGGUGGAGUUUGUCUCUCAGACUCGGGAUCCUGUCAGUGUCCAGCCGGAUUCAUUGGAGCUCAAUGCAAUCAAACAUGUCCAGCGGGUCGCUAUGGUCUGGACUGUGCUCAUGUGUCAGCGUGUGGGACAGGAGUGAGGAAUGAUCCGGCUACAGGAAGAUGCACUGCACAUCAAGUCUGUCCUCCAGGUUGGUUUGGUUCUGGCUGUUCUCAGCGUUGUGACUGCAGUAACAGAGGUGUGUGUGACGGAGUCUCUGGAAACUGCUCAUGUGCUCUCGGCUGGACCGGCAAACACUGUGAUAAAGAGUGUCCUGAUGGCAGCUUUGGGCCUGACUGCUCUCUUCAGUGUUCCUGUCAGAAUAACAGCACAUGUGACCGAGUGACAGGAAGUUGUCAUUGUCGUCCAGGAUAUUACGGUCAUCUGUGUGAACACGCGUGUCCGGCUGGUCUCUUCGGCUCUGGGUGUCAGCAGCAGUGUGACUGUAUGAACGGAGCCUCCUGUCAUCCGGAUACAGGACAGUGUGUGUGUCCCGCUGGAGUCCACGGCCCGCGCUGUCAGCACGUGUGUGCUCAGGGCAGGUUUGGUGUGAACUGCUCUCAGUCAUGUGACUGUGCUGAUGGAGCGUCAUGUGACCCGGUCAGCGGCCGCUGUGUUUGUCCAUCAGGGAAGACUGGAGUGCGGUGUGACAGCGACUGCAGUGUGAACCGGUUUGGCCCUGACUGCUCUCUGCUGUGCGAGUGUGAAAAUGGAGCUCAGUGCGACAGCAGAAAUGGACGCUGCUUCUGUCUGAGCGGCUGGAUCGGCUUCACAUGUUCACAGAGCGCUCCUCCAGAACUGAACUCCAGACGGUCAGAAGAGGAUCAGCUUCAGCUCAACACUUCAUAGCGUACACACACACACACACACACACACACACACACACACACACACAGAAUAAAUAAUGUGUUGAAGUGUUUGCAGGUUCUGUCACACCCGCAGGAGCUCGCUGUGUUUUCUGUGCAGAAGAGAAAGCAAGAGUGCUGGAAAACAGAAAUUACACACACACACACAGAUGCACUUUAUCCUCAUUCAGGGUGUCAGUACGGUCACAUUUACAUUGAGCUGUAGUAAACGAGUGAGAGGCUCAGCAUUUUUACCAAACACUUAUUUGUUUGAGCUCUUCAACAGACUUUGAUCAAUGGUGUGUGGAUCUUCAACUGUACAUGAAGUGAUUAUUCCUGAUAUUGGUGCUACAGUGUGAUGCUGUCUUUUAUGAUUAUGUUCAUUUUAGAAAACAGCAGGAAUUGAACACAUUAGCUUCUGACUCAUGUGUUGUAUAAAGUUUGAAUUAUUUAUAUAUUUUGUAAAAUAUACAAUUGUAAAUGUCAUGCAAACUCUUGAACCCAAGAAAGGAUUUUACUCAUAUUAAAAGCAAUGUGGAUUUUUUUUAAACACAUAAAUGUGCACUAUUUUGAAUUCAGCAAGAGCUUUUGGUGUAGUAUUUAGACCCAGUGGCCACACUUUUCAAAAUAAAAGUCUCCCGUUGUGCCAUUAACUGUUAUUGGUUCACUUUAAAAACAAUUAAAAGGGAAAAAAAAAAAGUUUCCUCAAGAAUGUCAGAUAUUUUCUUAAUGUUGUUCGUAAAGGCACAGAUCACCCCAAAAAUGAACAUCCUUACUCUCAAUGUGGCUCUAAACUUUUACAAGUUUCUUCUGCUGAACACAAAAGAAGAUAUUUUGAAGAAUGUUGGAGUAAUUGACAACCAUAACUUGGGGGGGAAAAAAAUACUGUAGCUGUUUUUUUUUCCUUCCAGCAUUUUCAGUAUAUCUACCCCCAACAGAAAAAAACUCAAACAUGUUUUGGAGGAUGAGUAAAAGAUGACAGAAUGUUCAUUUUUGAGUGAACUAUCCCUUUAAGACAUCGCUUAAGAACUUUAUUUCAUGAAGAGCAUGUUCUUGAAAAUCCUAAAUAAGGAUCUUGUGUUUUGCAACUUUACUAAGUGCAUUUGUGAAGUUUUAGCUGAAAAUACUUGUAUGAUGCUGUUAAAGGUUUUUUCCGCCUCUUUCCAGAAGAGGGCAGAGCCUUUACAGCCUGUGCCUUGGUUACUCCAGCAACAACCAACAAAACCCGAAAAACAAGCAAAAUUCUGCUUUAACAAGAAACAGGAGUUACCUUGACAUGAUCAUGAUUUACUCGCAACUUAAAAAAGUUAAUCAGAGCAGUUUAAAAGAAGCUGAAAGACUGAAAUAGUUAAGGUUAGUGUUUUUUUGUAUUCAUUUUUAUGAUAAAAUAUGCUCCAACAAUUGGUAUUU